AUGGCCAUCAAAAUCAAUAAUCCAAUCCCAAGAAGCUUGAAAAGCGAGUCGAAGAAAGCGGCAAGAAUUCUUGCUUCCUUCAUUAAGCCAAACCAGAUAAUGGGGGCCGACCAAGUCAUCCCCCCAUCGGUGCUCCAAGAGGCCAAAGGGUUAGCGAUCAUUACUGUUCUCAAAGCCGGCUUUCUCUUUUCAGGUCGUGCUGGGAGUGGUAUUAUUGUUUCUCGUCUUCCAGAUGGGUCGUGGUCUGCUCCGUCUGCUAUUAUGACAGCAGGCGCCGGUGUCGGAGGUCAAAUAGGUGCCGAAUUGACUGAUUUUGUCUUCAUUCUAAACACAAAAGCCGCGGUGGAAUCAUUUGCACAGAUGGGCUCUAUUACCUUGGGUGGUAAUGUUUCCUUAGCCGCGGGUCCUUUGGGUAGAAAUGCGGAAGCUGCUGGUACUGCGUCUUUAAAGUCUGCCGCAGCAAUCUUCUCUUAUUCAAAGACCAAGGGUUUAUUUGCUGGUGUUUCUUUGGAAGGAUCGGUCAUUGUGGAAAGAAGAGAUGCUAAUAGAAAAUUCUAUGGUGGAAAUUGUACAGCUAAAACAAUUUUAUCUGGUCGUGUGGAUCCCCCUCCUGCUUGUGAUCCACUAUUCAGAGUUCUUGAUUCUAGAGCCUUCACAAAGAAACUGUUCAAUCAUGGCGAUGAAUAUGAUGAUUACUAUAAUGAUAUUCCAACAAGCUUUAGUGAUGAUGACGAAGAUGGUGACAGUUCAUAUGAUAGUAGGCACAGGAAUAAAAGCCCUGCUAGCCGUCGCAAUCGCUCAAAUAUUUAUGAUGAUGAGGAUAGCUAUAGAGAUGAUUAUGAUCCAUCUUCAAGACCUCGUUCAAGCACUAGAAGCUUAAGAAGGCAAGAAAGUAAUGGGUCUUGGGAAGAUGAUGUGUACGACACCAGUAGAAGUGGUCCUGGUAGACCUAGUUCAUCGAAACCAAAUUUUAGUGAUAAUGCUGCAGAUGACAACAAAUUGGUUGAUGAUGAUGAUCCUUUUAUCAAUAGUAAAAGUGGUACCAAAGCUGUGGCUUUAUAUAGUUUUGAUGCCGAACAGGAAGGUGAUCUACCAUUCAAGAAAGGUGACGUUAUCACCAUUUUGAAAAAGAGCGAUUCUAUCGAUGACUGGUGGUCUGGUGAAUGUCACGGUAAAGAAGGUAUUUUCCCUGCUAACUAUAUUGAACUUAUCUAA